UUCCUUUCAAUUGCAUAGAACACUGAAGGAUGCAAUGCACUGUUUGGUGAAGGCAGAUGGAAUGGGUUGUAGCGGCACGACCAAGAGAUCUGCAGUAGCGACUACACUAUACGGCCUAAUUGACGACAACUGCAAAACAGGUUUAACUGGCACUUGUAACUGUUCCAUCGCCUACGCCAAGACGGACACCACAGACAAGACUAACAAAUGCACGGCCGCCAAGACAGCUACAACCUGCUUGGAAGCCAUCAAGUCAACCGAAGAAAAGGCUUGUGAUGGAUCAACUUUGACGAAAACGUAUCUGAAUGAAACCAUCACUCCCAUAGUGACAGAAGCGUGUAGCAGUGGAACCGUGAUGCUGCUCAGUGUCUGGGUCGCUGCUGCAUGUGUUCUUUCAGGAAUGAUUCAACAGUGAUAACCAGUGACACCACACGCUGUCACUCAUUCAGUGUUAUUUUGUUCUUCACUAACCAGACAUUAUAUAAACUCUGCUGAACAUUUCUAUAAACAAUAUAUAAGAAAACAACGAUCCACUGUUUAUGAUUAAAGUAAUGCAAACAUUAUAACGAACGAUUUACGUGGUGUUAAAAUAGACCACUGAAGUGAAAUAGUUUGCAGGAUAAAUUUGUUUAUAAAUAGAGUUCACACUCUGUGUAUCAUUUAAACUAGAAUCUGAUAGACUACGAUGUUUGAUACUAUUUUGUGCUGGUUAAAUUUCUUAAUGCACAAUUACAAAGAUUUUUAAGCAUGAUAUGCAGAUAUAUCUAUGAGCUGUAAUUAUUCCUAAUGUUUAAUCAAUUCAAUGUCCAGAGAAAAGGUUAUCUCAGGCCCAUAGAAGGUGGUGUUUGAAAGUUAGCCUUCCUGAUGUGCCACUCCUACGUUUUGAUGAUGAAAACACUUACUAGUAUUUCAAAUUAUGGUGAAAAUACACACACUCAUCUACAAUUCAAACAUUUAAGUAAAUUAUAACCAUCCAUUAUAUACAUUAGUCAGAAAUUUUAAUUAUUGAACAGUGUCUUUUUUCGCUAAGUAAUAUUUAUAUUUAAAGAAAAAAGAAAAAAAGGUGUAUUUCCAUCAUUAGGAAUUUUAAAUCCCACAUUUAUUUGUUCAUGACACCACACUCUCUCAUCGGAUUUGAACAUGUAUGCUGCCCAUGACUGUUAAAAUAGUAUAAUAACAUGACUGGAAGACUCUGAUUAAAACACAGUUAUUUGUAACAAUUAUGUAUGUUUUUGCUGUAUGCAACUGCUGCAGAUCCACACAGGUUUUAUCGCGCAAAUUCCUAAAUAGUAGUGUGAGACUACUUUUUAGUCAAAUGUAAUUAUCUCCCAUCAUAUUAUUGUAUAUUAUUAUUACAAAUAUUUUAAAUCAUGCAGGAUUUUAAUUUUCAGUAGUUAUAAUUUAUCCAUGUUUAUUUUCGGUAGGGCAAUAAGACUAAAGAGAAGUUUAAUUUCGAGAACUUUGUCUCAGUUUCUAGGACUUACAUCCAAAUUAAAAUAUAGAAAGCACAGAUUGCUUCCAUCUCCUCUAAAUGAAUGUUAAGGUUCUUGCGAUUGAUUUUGUUUUAUUGUUUUAUAUUUUCCAAGCAUAACUAAUCAUUGUGUGUGUUCAACUGUGUUCUAUCGACAAUAUUUUGUCAGUAUGCUGUGCUGAGUAUAUAAUAAAUGUUUGCAGUGUAUAAAAAUGCACAUUGGAUAAUUAUAAAAUCUUUUGAAACACCCAAUCUGAUAUCAUAAUUAAGAAAUGUUUCUAAUGUUUAUUUCCCCUGUAAUUGACGGUAUUUUUUUUCAGGAAUCAAACUAUUUAGCGGGAAUUUUCAGACAACAUCGAUUAUUUAAUUAUGCUAAAUAACAAGUAACUGGACAUUUUUGUAAAGGCAAAUCAUUGUCUACUUCAUUCUUCAAUAACAUUUUUCUUACAUUUUUGAUUGCCAAAGCAAAUAAAAAAAUAAAAAUAAAGCUCAUAAAAAAACCCCACCCAAAAACUGCAACACGGUCAACGGUGAAUUCGACCACCAGUUUGGAAAUGUCUUUUGAUUGAAAUACCGUGCACAUAUUUGCAGUUAUUUGUCAAAGAUAAUUUGAUUAUAUAAUUAUUUUUUAAAAUAUCCAAUUGUGCAAAAAAAACUGACUGUAUCUAAUGAUGAUAUAUGAUCGGAAAUAAAGAUAUAUUCAGACCAAA